UCUAACGUUAAUUUCCUGUCUUUUGCAGUAUGGCAGAGCCUCGCUUUAAUAACCCUUACUUCUGGCCUCCGCCCCCCACCAUGCCCGGUCAGCUGGAUAACCUUGUGUUGAUCAACAAAAUCAAGGAGCAACUGAUGGCUGAGAAAAUCCGGCCUCCACACCUACCACCCACCACAGUUCCUUCCCAGCAGCCUUUGCUGGUCCCUCCCACACCCACAGAGGGUGGACAGCAUGGAAUGGUGGUUCCUAAGCUGCAGCAGAUGCCGGGGUUACACGGUCACAGCCCAUCUCAGCCAGACAUUGCCCUGCAUGCGCGCCCAGCCUCCAGCAGUGUAGCAGGCCGUAUUCUUGGUGAUGUAAACUUGAAUCUGGAUGAUAAGGCAGCUUUAAAAGCUAGAGGAUUGUGGGAAGACUGGCAUUUGCGUCAAAUCAUAGAACAACCCUCUAGAGCAAAUCAUCUGUCAGGUCUGGCACUUUCAUCCCGGACUGGACAUCACAACACCUCGGAGGCCGCCACCCCAACCACACCCACCUCCAGCAGCCAGAGUCGUCUAGGUGGGGCACCCGCCCCAAACCUUAUCUCAGGACUAGCUAACAGUCCAGGUUUGGAGCCAAUUAAAACCAGUGGGGGCUUGGCUGGACUGCUUGGACCUCCACCCAAGAUUGACCGAGGGCGUAAAAAGAUCAAGGCAGAGAACACCUCUGGCCCUCUGUUAGUGUUGCCCUAUCCAAUCCUUGCCUCAGGAGCUGAUCAGUCUUCCGCAACUAUCACCGCCAAAGAGGGCAAAACUUAUAGAUGUAAAGUGUGCCCACUGACUUUCUUCUCCAAGUCAGACAUGCAGAUUCACUCCAAGUCUCACACAGAGGCCAAGCCACACAAAUGUCCCCAUUGCACAAAAUCUUUUGCCAACGGCUCUUACCUAGCCCAGCACUUACGUAUCCAUCUGGGAGUUAAACCUUAUCACUGCUCUUAUUGUGAAAAAUCUUUUCGCCAGCUCUCCCACUUACAGCAACACACCAGAAUUCACACAGGUGACCGGCCCUAUAAAUGUGCCCAUCCAGGUUGUGAAAAAGCCUUCACACAGCUAUCAAAUCUACAGUCCCACCAGAGACAGCACAACAAAGACAAACCCUACAAGUGUCCCAACUGUUACCGCUCCUAUUCUGACUCAGCCUCUCUGCAGAUCCAUUUGUCUGCACAUGCCAUUAAAAACGCUAAGGCGUACUGCUGUAGCAUGUGCGGCAGGGCAUACACUUCAGAGACGUAUUUGAUGAAGCACAUGUCGAAACACACCGUGGUGGAGCACCUGCAGGACCUCUCGCACCCAGCAAGCCAGUGCUGGCCUCCCCCUAACUGCUGCCGCGGCCAACGUCCAACAUCCCUUCAAUGGUUCCAGAAGAUGCCAGACGUGUAUUAUGCUGUCAUCAAAAAAGAAGAAGAGAAAUCUUUAAAAAACAUUUUUUGAAGCCUAUCCCACCUUCGACUUCUUUUUGUAAGCAGAAGAGGGAGCUAUAGGAUCAUCCAAAGAUGGGUUUGCAGCACUUUCAAGCCAAAAUCCUGUUGGCUAAUUAGUUUUUAGUCUGUUGUGACACAAAAGGCAUUGCUUCAGGCAGCUAGAAGUCCUCACCAUAGGUAUUAUGCAGCAUUAUAAGACUGUUCUAUCCACAAUUUUAGGACACUUGUUUAUUUCCAGUCAUCAUGGAAUCUUGUUGACAAACAGUCCGGGACCAAGAACAUCUUAGUCCAUUAUCACUUGAGCAUUUUUGUCCCUUAAGAGAGAGAGGGUCUCAUUAUCAAGUGAUGAAUAGUCAUAUUGUCAGCUCAGUAAUCAGAGCCUGUGCAUUCUUAUGUUUGUUUUUUUUUUGUCUUGUUUUGUUUUGUUC